UCAGCGGCAGCGCCGUCCCGCCCUCAUGUGUCUCUCAUUGGUGAUCGACAGCACCGUCCCGCCCUAUCAGCGUCUCAUUGGUCAUCGACAGCUCCAUCCCGCCUCCGCCAGCAUCUCAUUGGAGAGCAGCAGCCUUUUGCCCGCCUUUUGCCCGCCUUUUGCCCGCUUUCCCCCGGCCCCUUUUCCCCUUUCCUCUUCUUUCUUCUCAUGUCCUGUUUUUUCCUUCCAGGUCUCCUUUUUACUCUCCCUUCCCCCUUUUAUCUCCCUGUUUUUUGCCCAUUUUUCCCUCUCUUCUCCUCUCUGCUUUUCUCCUCCUCAUCUCCUUUUCUUUUUCCUCCCUUUCUCAUUCUUCUUUUCCCCUUUCCCCUCUUGUCUUCCUUUCCCUUUGGCCCCCUUUACUCUCCUCUUCUUUGCCCCCUUCUUCUUCUUUUUGCCCCCAUCCCCACUUCCCCUUUCACCCCCUUUACCCCUUUUCCUCCCCAUCUCCCUUUUCUCCCCGUCCCCCUUUUUUGUUUUCCUUUUCCUCUUUUUCUCCCCCUUCCUUUCCCCCCCCCCCCCCCCCCUCGGCCCCAUUCCUUUUUCCUUCCCCAUCGUCCCCUUUUCUUCCAAAGCCCAUUCCAUUCGCAGUGCGAUAGCGGCUCCUGCGAGCAGCCGAGCCCCGAGCAGCAGCGCUGCGUCUUGGCUCCCCCAUUGCCCGCUGCUGAGCUCUUCCUGCCCUGGCUCCUCAUUGGCUGAGCGCUGCUGCUUCCCCUUUUUGGCGACGCUUCACCACUCGCACAAACAGCCAGCAGACGCACAUCUUUGCUGCCCAAACACACGCAGGCCUUCAUUGCUUCAUUGCUUUCUCACCACUGCUCUCUUAACCAACGUGCGGUCGGAACUUGCGGCUCUCAGGUUUUCAGCAUCAACACAGACACAGCCUCUGAAUUGCUUCAUUACCCCCUGCCAUUUGUGACCUUCCC